AAUUCCCACCAAUGACUCAUGCCUCUACAUUCGUCCCACGUGUCCCUUCACCACAAGGCUUGAUGACUCCCCAAUCUCCCCCCUUCAAAUAUUCUCCUUAUUCAUUUCAACCCACCACCGUUUCAAGAUUCCACUCAACUUCACCAUCAACCCAAGGAUCCAACUUUGUAUUUUCAGGGUUCUUGCUAACUUAUUUGGGUAUUUUGAUACGUUUUCAUAUCUAGGGCUCAUCAAUCACACCCAAACUCUGUUCUUUGUAAAAAAGAUCACAACUUUUCAAUUUUCUUGAACAAAUAUUCGAUUUUGGCAUCUGGGUUUUCUUUAAUUUAAGUUUCCUGAUGAUGGUUUGAAAUUUAGGGUUUCAAAAUCAAGAUUUGUGUUCUUUAGAUCCGUUUACAAAUGUCAACAAACCGAACUCCAUCAUCAUACUGGUGCUACAGAUGCGGCAGAUUCACCGCAGUUCCAUCUCACCGGCAAGAUUCAUAUUCAUCUUUAUUUUGCCCCGAUUGCAACAGUGGAUUCUUAGAACACAUCGAUAACCCGACCCGUUUACCCGAAUCCACUUUCUCAGACUCUCGCCGGAGUCCCACCUCGCCGGUGCUUCGCCGGACGAGAAGAACUUCCGACGACCGGUCGUCGUUCAACCCCGUCAUCGUCCUCCGUGGGCACACGUCCGGGUCGGGUAACGGGUUUGAGAUGUAUUAUGAUGAUGGAGUCGGGUCGGGUUUAAGCCCGUUACCGGUUAGUAUGUCGGGUUUUUUAUUGGGUUCGGGUUUUGAUCGGUUGUUGGAUCAGUUGACUCAAAUUGAGGCAAAUGGGUUAGGGAGGAUUGAUCAGAACCCUCCGGCUUCAAAAGCGGCUAUCGAAGCGCUUCCGGUUAUUGAAAUACAAGAGAUUCAUGUGUCGAAAGAAUCGCAUUGUGCGGUUUGUAAAGACCCGUUUGAAUUAAAAGCAGAAGCUCGAGAAAUGCCGUGUGAGCAUUUGUACCACUCGGAUUGCAUUCUUCCGUGGCUGAAUUUGCGUAAUUCUUGCCCGGUUUGCCGCCAUGAGCUCCCAUCGGAAAAUCAAGAUGCCGGUUAUCUUAACACCGAUGCGGUGGGUUUAACGGUAUGGAGGCUGCCCGGUGGGGGGCUUGCGGUGGGGAGGAGAGGGGGCGAGAGGGAAGGUCCGGUUGUUUUCACCGAAAUGGACGGUGGAGUCGACUAUAAUGGCGGUUUGGGGCGGGGUUCAUGGGGUUUAGUAGGGAAUGGUGGUGGUGGUGGUAGGGGCGGGUUUAGGCGGGUUUUAGGUGGUGUGUUUUCGUGUUUUGGGGGUGGGGGAAGGGGGAGGGGGUUGUCGUCAAGUUCGAGCUCGAGUUCGGAUGAUGGAGUGAACGGUGGAAGUAGAUUUAUUCCGGCGAUCUUCGGCAGCUCCUCACGGCGGCGGAGGGCGUGGGCAUUGGAUGUCAACAGUCGGGCCCAAAUGUGGUGAAUGGAGUGGAAGCAAGUUUUUUUUAACAACAAAUUUGGAUUAUUAACGGAUCACUGAAGCAUCAUCGUACUAUUAACGAAAACACUCGAUAUCCAUCUCUUGUUGGAAGCAAGUGGUUUUGGAUUUUGGUUUUAGUUAAAGAAAGUUAAAUGAAUGGAAAUUUGUUUUGUAAUGUUGUUACA